AUGGAAUCAAGGAACCAAACCAGCGCAUCGGAAUUCAUCCUCCUGGGGCUUUCUGAGAAGCCAGAGCAGGAGACUCUUCUCUUCUCUCUGUUCCUCUGCGUGUACAUGGUCACAGUUGUAGGGAAUUUGCUGAUCAUCCUGGCCAUCAGCACAGACUCUCAUCUCCACACACCUAUGUACUUCUUCCUAGCCAAUCUCUCCUUGGUGGACCUCUGCCUGGCCACUGACACAGUCCCUAAGAUGCUAGUGAGCAUCCAAACCCAGAGCAGGUCCAUCUCUUACCCUUGCUGCCUGACCCAGAUGUACUUUUUCCAUUUCUUUGGCAUCAUGGACAGUGUCUUAAUAGCCGUGAUGGCUUAUGACCGGUUCGUGGCCAUUUGCCACCCCUUGCACUAUGCCACCAUCAUGAGCCCGGGCCUCUGUGGCCUGCUGACUGGAGGUCCAUGGGUGUUUUCUUGCUUCAUCUCCCUCACCCACAUCCUCUUGAUGACCCGCCUGGUUUUCUGUGGCAACAAUGAGCUGCCACACUACUUCUGUGACCUCACGCCCCUUCUGCGACUCUCAUGCACAGACACAACCAUAAACAGGGUCUUCAUACUCGUGGUGGCAGGGGCGGUGAUAGCCACCCCGUUCAUCUGCAUCCUAGCCUCCUACGCUCGCAUCCUCCCAGCUGUGAUGAAAGUCCCCUCCACAGGUGGCAGGAGGAAAGCUUUCUCCACCUGUAGCUCCCACCUGUCCGUGGUCGUCCUCUUCUAUGGGACCACCAUUGGGGUCUAUCUGUGCCCAUCUUCUGUCCGCACAGCCGUGAAGGAGAAAGCUUCUGCCGUGAUGUACACAGCAGUCACCCCUAUGUUGAACCCCUUCAUCUACAGCCUCAGGAACAGAGACCUGAAUGGGGCCCUGAGGAAGCUCAGUAACCAAAAGAUCGCCUCCUCUUCCUGA